AUGCCCAUCACUUCCAGAGUCAGGGGCCUGCAGCCCCAACACCAUCACUCCAGCUCCUGCAGCCCUUUGAGUCAGCUCUUGCCGGGCUCCGUGGAGCCGCCGUCCAUCAAGGGCCUUUACUACCGCAGGGCCCGGAAGGUGGGCGCGCUGGACGCCUCCCCGACGGCGGACCUGAAGAAGGAGAUCCUGGUGAACGUGGGGGGCAGGAGGUACGUGCUCCCCUGGAGCACGCUGGACGAGUUUCCCCUGAGCCGCCUGAGCAAGCUCAAGUUCUGCCGGAAUCAGGAGGAGAUCGCGCAGCUCUGCGACGACUACGACGAGGACAACCAGGAGUUCUUCUUCGACAGGAGCCCCAGUGCCUUCGGGAUGAUCGUGAGCUUCCUGGCGGCCGGCAAGCUGGCCCUCCUGCGGGAGAUGUGCGUGCUGUCCUUCCAGGAGGAGCUGACCUACUGGGGCAUCGAGGAGGAGCACCUGGAGAAGUGCUGCCUGCGGAAGCUGCUGAAGAAGCUGGAGGAGCUGGCAGAGCUGCGCAGGGAGGAGUCCCUGCAGCGCGAGCAGGAGGCGUGCGGCCCGGCCGCGGACACCUCGCGCUGCGGGCUCUGCAUGAACUGGCUGCGGGAGAUGGUGGAAAACCCGCAGUCGGGGCUGCCCGGGAAGGUCUUUGCUUGCCUGUCCAUCCUCUUCGUGGCCACCACCGCGGUCAGCCUGUGUGUCAGCACCAUGCCCGACGUGAGGGCCGAGGAGGACAAGGGUGAGUGCUCUCAGAAGUGCUACUACAUCUUCAUCGUGGAGACCAUCUGUGUGGCGUGGUUUUCCCUGGAGUUCUGCCUGCGGUUUGUCCAGGCCCGCAACAAGUGCCAGUUCUUCCAAGGGCCCUUGAACAUCAUCGACAUCCUGGCCCUCUCGCCCUACUACGUGUCGCUGGUGGUGUCCGAGGAGCCCCAGGAGGACGACGAGCGGCCUGGCGGGAGCUUCUACCUGGAGAAGGUGGGGCUGCUGCUGCGCGUGCUGCGGGCGCUGCGCAUCCUCUACGUGAUGCGCCUGGCGCGCCACUCGCUGGGGCUGCAGACGCUGGGCCUCACCGUGCGCCGCUGCACGCGCGAGUUCGGCCUGCUCCUCCUCUUCCUCUGCGUGGCCAUCACCCUCUUCUCCCCUCUGGUCUACGUGGCCGAGAACGAGUCCGGGCGGGUCCUGGAGUUCACCAGCAUCCCGGCCUCCUACUGGUGGGCCAUCAUCUCCAUGACGACGGUGGGCUACGGAGACAUGGUCCCGCGUAGCGUGCCCGGCCAGGUGGUGGCCCUCAGCAGCAUCCUGAGUGGGAUCCUCAUCAUGGCCUUCCCAGCCACGUCCAUCUUCCACACCUUCUCGCACUCCUACUUGGAGCUCAAGAAGGAGCAAGAGCAGCUCCAGGCCCGCCUCCGCCACCUGCAAAAUGUCGCCACAGCCAGUGAGCGCGAGCUCCUGAGUGAUGUGGACGACCUGAUCCUGGAGGGACCCACCUCCCCCAUCAAAUACAUUUAG